AUGGUUUCUCUCUCCACCUCCGCCACUUUUGCCAUUCUGGCCUCUCUUGUUGCCGCCCAGAACCCCAUUGUGGCCUCUCUGGCUAACCAGAUUGUCGACGGCAUUGCUGCCGCCAAGACGGACGACUCCGUGUCUCCCGAGCAGGCCACCUCCGAGCUCCAGGCCGUUCUGGAGGUUGUCACCAAGAACCCCGACAUGAUCGGUCUCUUCUCCAAGGCCAUGCCCGUUGCCAUGGCCGGCCUGAACGACGACAACCUGCCCGAGCUUCUGUCUGCCGCCGGCCAGUCCCUGGCUGCCUUUGAGGGCUCUCCCGACUACGCCAAGGUCUCCAACGGUCUGCACUCUGCCCUGCCCCACUACGAUGUUCCCAAGGCCAUGGCCAACGUCGAGAACAACCUGGGUCGAGUUAUGGCAAUCGUCACCCCCAACCUGCCCCAGCUGACUCCCAAGAUCCCCGAGCAGUGGAGCCGAGCCACCAUGCGAGUUCAGGCUCUUGCCCAGGACCUUGGUCUUGCCGGAAACGCCCCCAACUUUGCCGCCGAGGACGAUGCCGCUCCCACUGCCACUGGCGAUGCCAAGCCCGAGGCGACCGGUGAUUCUCAGGAAGAUUCCAAUGUCGAGGACGAUUCCAACGUCGAGGAUGACUCCAAUGUCGAGGACGACUCCAAUGUCGAGGACGACUCCAACGUUGAGGACGACUCCAACGAUGAUAUCGUCAACGACACCACCGACAAGCAGGUCGUCGACGACUCCGACGACUCCACCGUUGUCGACGACUCCUCUUCCAUCGUCGACGACUCCUCGUCCAUCUCCGACGACUCCUCUCCUUCCAAGUCCUCUCCUUCCAACUCCACCAUGGGCCCCUCUAUCCCCAACGGAAACGGUAUUGACCAGGCCAACGCUGGCUCUUCUUUCAACACCCAGCUGGCUGCCGGUGUCGCCGUCGUUGCUGCCUUCGCCGCUCUCAUUUAG